AUGCGCUUCCUCUCCGUCCUCGGCUUCGCGGCCGCGGCCGUCGCCCAGCUGACGUCGACAUCGCUCGAGAAGCACGUCGACUCGGUCACGCUCAGCAAGACGUUCAACCCGGUCAAGGAGGCCUACUGGACGGGCUACCCGCACCACCGCCGCACGCCCUUCGCCGUCUCUCCCGACGGCAAGUCGGCCUGGCUCGCGUACCUCGACGCCUCCGAGACGGGCGUCCACGUGCAGCAGGUCGACCCGACCACCUUCGUCGCCACGGGCGAGCCCAUCACCAUCGCCGGCGGGAAGGAGGCCGGCGGACUCGUCGCCCACAACGACGGCUUCGCCCUCCUGACCAACGAGCUGCUCGCGGGCGGCCCCGCCGACGUGCCCGUGGCCGUGCUCUACCGCUACACGGGCGGCAAGGAGACGUUCAAGACCUGGCUCGGCGGCCCCGGCGUCGACGGCAACCAGGCCAUGGCGUCGCCCGACAUCAACGGCGACCUCGUCUUCUCGGAGAAGGCCGGCUACUACGCGGCCUACAUCGUCGUGACGGCCUACGAGGGCGACGCCAAGGGCCACUUUGGCGACGCCAUCCGCUACGUCGACACGGCCGGCAAGCUCACGGCGAUCCCCGGCGCGUCGUCGUCGUGGGGCUGCUCGCACAACACGGGCAUCGCCUUCGAGGCCGCCGACGCCGCGCCCUUCGCCUCGCUCUGCGCCGAGGACCAGGGCGCCAUCUGGCUCAACACGGAGACGCAGGGCAUGAGCAACAACGGCGUCAAGGUCUCCAACGAGCACGUCAUCAACGGCGGCGCCAACGAGGCCAUGGGCGGCACCUCGGGCUCCUACAGCGUGCUCGCCCGCUUCGUCGGCGCCGACUCGUACAUCUUCUCGUGGGUCUCGCGCGGCGCCAAGGACCUGACGCUCAACGACUGGAUGGGCCAGGGCUACACAAAGUCCGUCAACCGCACCAGCAACCGCAACGUCGCCAUCGCCCUCUUCUCGGACAAGAAGACGCUCGUCGGCGAGCAGGCCACCUCCGAGGUCGGCGCCGCCGCCGGCGACAGCCAGGUCAACUGGGUCACCUCGGGCGCCAACGACUGCUCCAACGCCCACGCCGCCGCCUUCGACGCCUCCAGGGCCCUGGUCACCUGGGAGGAGAUCGCCGACCCCAUCUGCGACUUCGACGCCAUGGGCUGCCGCGGCGCCUUCGCCGGCACCAAGUUCCAGAUGGUCGACAGCGCCGGUAAGAAGGUCGGCGAGCCCGUCAGCUCCGACGACACCUACGUCGCCGGCGACAUGGUCACCAUGGCCGACGGCCGCAUCUGCUGGCCCUACGUCGCCAUGGACUGGAAGCUCGACGGGCCCGUCCGCGGCUCCGCCGUCUCCAAGAUCUCCUUCGCCUGCAUGACCGGCGGCGCCGGUACCGGCGGAGGCUCCCCCGCCGCCCCCUCGUCGUCCGCCGCUCCCGUUUCCAGCGCCGCACCCGUCGCCGUUGUCUCUUCCUCCUCCUCCUCCGCCGCCGCCGCCGACGAUGCCGUCGCCUCGAGCGGUCCCGGCUCCGCCGACCCCACCUUCGCUCAGGGCACCGCCCCGGAGCCCAUCUUCGAGACCCUUUCCGGCCCCGCUUACACCCCUACGGCAUCCGUCCCGGCCGCUCCUUCCGCCGCUCCCACCUCCGAGCCCGCCGCCUCUUCGGCCCCCGCCGCAUCCGCGUCCGCGUCGGCUCCUUCGGGCGCUCCGGCUCCGAUCUUCGAGACCCUCUCCGGCCCCGCUUUCACCCCUACGGCAUCUGCCCCUGCCGCUCCCACCUCCGACGCUGCCUCCGAGCCCUCGUCCGUUCCCGCCGCAUCCGUGUCGGCUCCCUCGGGCGCUCCGGCCCCAAUCUUCGAGACGGUCCCCGACACUCCGGCGACCACCGUCUCCGGCGCGAAGCCCGAGCUGACGACCGCCCCCUCGGCCGCCCCCUCGAAGACCAAGAACAAGACCAAGACCAAGACCAAGAACCGCACGCGCACCCGCGGCCGUGGCGAGUAUGGCAACGGGCCCCGUCCCACCAACGGCCCGCGCCCCGGCGGCCAGAAGUGCAGCACCCGCACCACCGUCAAGACCAUCUACGUCACGGCAUAG